CUCCCCUAUCGACUCCUCUCCUCGGCUGCUCCCCGCCUGCGACAGCUCAGCAGCGGUGUGGUCGCUUCUAACGAGCGCUAACGGAAAGGAGAAAAAAACCCGCUCCGCUCCGCACUGAAAGGCCUCCACCUCACUGCAGACCCAGCUACAGUCACUCCGACGCCGGGUACAGCAUAUAAACACCCACAGAGAGGCUUUUGUCGACUUUAAUUUGCUUUUUUUUAAAUCAGAAAAAGCCAAUCCCUAUAAUGGCGACAGCUUGCCCUGCUGGCUCCAGCCCCGGACCGGGAACGGAGCUCAUCCGCGGACAGGCCUUCGACGUCGGGCCUCGGUACAGCAACCUCUCCUACAUCGGGGAGGGCGCCUACGGGAUGGUGUGCUCUGCUUAUGACCGGGACAACAAGCUCCGCGUGGCCAUCAAAAAGAUCAGCCCGUUUGAGCACCAGACCUACUGCCAGCGCACCCUGAGAGAAAUCAAAAUCCUGCUGCGCUUCAAGCACGAGAACAUCAUCGGCAUCAACGACAUCAUCCGGGCGCCGUCCAUCGAGCAGAUGAAGGACGUAUACAUUGUCCAGGAUCUCAUGGAGACGGACCUCUACAAGCUCCUGAAGACCCAACACCUGAGCAACGACCACAUCUGCUACUUCCUCUACCAGAUCCUCCGAGGGCUCAAGUACAUCCACUCUGCCAACGUGCUGCACCGCGACCUGAAGCCCUCCAACCUCCUCCUCAACACCACCUGCGAUCUCAAGAUCUGUGACUUCGGUCUGGCUCGCGUGGCGGAUCCUGACCACGACCACACCGGCUUCCUAACAGAGUAUGUCGCCACGCGUUGGUACAGAGCUCCAGAGAUCAUGCUCAACUCCAAGGGCUACACCAAGUCCAUAGACAUCUGGUCGGUGGGCUGCAUCCUGGCUGAGAUGCUGUCAAACAGGCCAAUCUUCCCUGGGAAGCACUACCUGGAUCAGCUCAACCACAUCCUGGGGAUCCUGGGCUCCCCCAGCCAGGAAGACCUCAACUGCAUCAUCAACCUCAAGGCCAGGAACUACCUGCUGUCGCUGCCGGUGCGCUGCAAAGUGCCGUGGAACCGCCUGUUCCCCAACGCCGACAGUAAAGCUCUGGACCUUCUGGACAGAAUGCUGACCUUUAACCCUCACAAGAGGAUCGAGGUGGAGGAGGCCCUGGCCCACCCUUACCUGGAGCAAUAUUACGACCCGACGGACGAGCCCACCGCCGAGGCUCCGUUCAAGUUCGACAUGGAGCUGGACGACCUGCCCAAAGAGACGCUGAAGGAGCUCAUCUUCGAAGAAACGGCUCGGUUCCAGCCCGGCUUCAGGUCCUAACGGCUCUCAGGAGAUUCUGCGGACAGGCUUCUGCGUCGCCACUGCUCCUCCCCGCCUCCACUCUGUUGCUGUGAUUUUUUUUUGUUUUGUUUUGGGGUUUUGGUUUGCUCUGUUUAUUGUUUUUUAACUCUCCUCUCCACACCACCUGGAUUCCUCCGGUUUCUCUUUUCAGUUUUCUUUUUCUUUCGUCAAGUCCACUUUGCUCAGGAACGGCGUCAGGAAUCAAUCAGUCAUUCUCCGUCUCUCCUUUCUUUCUCUCUCUCUCGGCGGAGAGGCGAGGUAAGGGGACCGGAGGGGUGGGAGUCACAUCACAGCUCAUAGUUUGGGGGUGAAUUUUGUUUUUUGAAGCCAAGAUAAACAACUUUUUUGUGUUUAUGUGUGUGUCUCAAAUGGCAUUUGAGUUAAAACCUUUUUUUAAUGAUACUUUUUGUUUUGGUGCAGCUGCUUUGCACACAAAAAAUCAUCCAUCAUUAAAACAAAACGAGUUUUCCUACCUUUUAUCUCACUGUUGCAACAGGAUGCAGUGAUUUUUGUCUUUUCUUUCUCUCGUUUAGAAAAAUUCGACUUAACUCGCCUGAUUUAUGCAAUUAUGACAGAAUGAGCCAGACUUUAACUGGCCACAAGCCAUCACUUGACGAGGAUGUAUAUUUUAUCAAACCUUGUAUUUUAAUCUCAAACAUACUCACACAGAAGGCACCGCAUAUAACUAAAUAUAAAUAUAUAUAUGAAGCCUGAAGAGUCUUAAGAUGUUUUAUUGUUUAGGGUGAAGUGAAUUUAAUGAGUUUCUAAAGGAAAAAAGUCCCUUUUUUUAUUUCUUAUUGGCAUUAAAACGUGUAGAUAUGUAUGGUUUAUUGGAAGUUUCUGCCUUAGCCACGAGGAAAUAAAGGAAAAGUUGAUUUCACACAAGUUUGUAUGAUAUUUUCAUAUUUUCCAGGAGGUGGGACACGUAGAAUCCUCCACCUCUCCCCUCCUCUGUUUUCCUAUUAUUAUGAUUAUUAUUAUUCUUUUGUUGUCCUCUUCGGUGUUUGUGGAUCUCUCUCUCGCCUUGUUAGAAGAAAACUGUGCCCUUUUGCAUGACUGUUAUAAAAAGCUCCGUAUACAAAGACAGCGACGUUAAAAGUGCCACACAAACCGGCCCAGUUCGCCGCCGCCGCCUCAUCAUUUCGUGGUAAAAAUGGUUUCCAAACACUCGGUGCUUUCCGCCCCCUGUUUUUAUUUCCACGUACCCGCCCUCCGUCCGACGAGCAGAUUUUAAUCUCUGCAUGCUCAGUAACGAUAAAUCUGUGUUUAAAAUGUUGGGAAAAUAUUUAAAGCACAGCAUGACGACAUAUUACUCCUGCGUCACGUUUAAAUCGCACAUUUUAGUUCUACAAACAGUUGGACCUCAUGUGUAACUGCAUCUGAGGAAAAACAUGCAUAACUGCAGCGGAAGUCAAGAAUAUCUUUACCGUUUGUGUUUGAUCAGAUUGAAGACUGUUAAAUUAAAUACUUUUAUUUCACAUAUUAUAUUUUGAUGGGGGAAAAACGGGUUACUAUUGCACCGCUUCAAUUUAUCUAGAACUUUUAGGGCAUCUAUGGAAAUAUUUAAAUAACAGCUGAGAUUUUAGUCAUUAAAUUACCUCCAAACUGCACAGAUGGAUUUAAAACUUAGAUUAUGCAGCAAAAUGUAAGAUAUUUGGAUAAAAUCCUAGUAGAGGAAGAAAAAUAUGGAUAAUUUGCUUCUUCCCAGCUUAAACUCAGCAGCUUUUUGGGAGAUUUUUCUCUUCAUUAUAAACACAAGUUGUAUUUGACUUUAGUAGAGAAAACAAAAAAAGCCAAGCUGCUGUAUUUUGUUUAAAGUUGGGAGGAAUUACGUUUUCAGCGUAAAUAAACGCCGGAUUCUUCACACAGCUUACAGUCAAGUAUAUCGGUUGUUUUUACUGUAUUUUUGUGGGUGACUCCUCUUUACAAGAGGACGUAAAAGUGCCGCUCAGACGCACUCAAGCCAUAGCUGGUCAGCCGCACCUCUGGCCACACCCGGUUGUGAUGUCAUCGCGUCCGGACGCGCCUACAUCACAGUAGCCAUGUUGGAAAUUAAACCGCUGCAGAUCGACCGCAAAGGGGCGCUGGACUAAAGGGAAUUAUGGAAACCUGUUUAUGCUACCAUAACAGCAUAAUUAGUCAAAAUUUGGAUAUGAUUGUUAUUACAGUGGCACAAAUGGGCUUCCGUAAUGCCAUAUUAGCAAAAUCUCCACUUUCUUACGUCAUUAUCUGUUUAAAACUUGGAUAAAGAUGGCUGAUGGGUUUAAUAAAACAAAACAUGCAUCACGGAUCAAAAACUGUGAUUUGGAUAAAUUUGGAUUUAAUUGCUAUUACAGUGGCACAGAUGGGCUUCCGUAAUAGCAUAUUAUAAAAAACAUAAUUUCUUUACAUCAUUAUAAGUUUAAAACUGAUAUAAAAAUGCCUGAUUGAGUUUAAUAAAACAAAAAAUGGAGCACAGAUAAAAAAAAAAUCUAACCAUACGCAUUGUAAAUGGCCACAAUUUGGAUUUAAUAAUGGCACAAAUGGAUUUCUGUAAUAUACCAUAUUAGAGCUCGAUUUCUUUAAAUCAUUCAGUUUAAAGCUUAUAUAAAAAUUCCUGUUUUAAGAAAAGAAAAGCAUCACAUAUUAAAAAUCUAACUAGUUAUGUCAUAAAUUAGUCAAAACUUUGAAUUCAAUUAUUACAGUGGCACAAAUGGGCUUCCGUAAUACCAUAUUAGGAAAACUCCACAUUCAGUUUAAAAUGUAAAUAAAAAUGGUUGAUUGGGUUUAAUGAAACAAAAAAUGCAGCACAGAUCACAAUCUUGGCUAGCUGCAUCGCAUUUAGUCAAUGUUUUGAUUUAAUAGUGGCACAAAUGGACUUCCGUAAUAUACCAUUUUAGGAAAAACUCAAUCUCUUUACAUCGUUAUCAGUUUAAAACUUAUAGUUAUGGUCUGAGAUGGUUGCAAAAAUCCCUGAUUGGGUUUAAUAAAACAGAAAAUUUAGCACAGAUCAAAAACCUAACCUGCAACACAUUUAUCUUUAAAAUAAUUUUAGCUAAAAUUUUAACCUUAAAGUUGAUGCUAUGAACCACCUCUUCACUCCCAGUUUAAAUAUAUGUCUACAUUUCGACUCCAGCAGAGGUUUAACCCAUCUGUCGACACGAAACGAUGACCAAAACGUUGCUUUUUUUGUUUUUUUUGCACUUUGCAGAUUUAAUCCCAGCGCUCGUCACGCUCGCUGCACACACGCGUCCGUCUCCGUUAUGAUGAAAUGCACUUGCUUCUCCGGUGGUUGGGAUGGGACUUGUAAUCCGAGGUGCCUGCCAGGACUUGACAUGCCUGUAGAUAGUUUUCUUUCUUUCUUUGAGAAGCGGAGCAGGGAGUGGGGAUGGGAACUUUUAAAGGGCACUGGAAACCUUUUAGUGGGAUUAGUUGUAUAAAAAGAGGACAAAUUAAAAAUGAUAAAUAAAAAAAAAAGCUUCAGCUGAGUUCUUUGUGCAACCUUGUCUGUUUGUGCCUUUUUUGAUAGUCUCGAUAUCCAAGAUUUUGAUGUGCAGCUUUUGUUUAGUCGGGAAUCCGUUGUAAUCGCAGUAUACGCUCUUAAAGAUGAACACAGUCAGCUCUGUGGGUGGGGGGUGAGAACGGGAUGGGGGCGACCUUAUCAUUUCUGUAAAUUUUAAGAGAUUUGUUGCAACAGCUGUGUGAUCUGUGACUGUAAUAAAAGACGAAAAGCAAACAUUUCGAUAUAUUUUUUUGCGUUACCCUUUAUUUUCCUUUUUAAUUUUUUUUUUGGGAUGUUUUUGUGCAGAUAUUUUUAUUGUAAAAUUAAUGUUUCUAUCAGACACUAAUCUUGUUUGAGUUGUCUCCAGUGGAACUUCUUCACUCUGUAUGUUUUGAUCAGUAUAAAUCUUUAACUGUGUAGUUUUAAAAAAGGAAAACUAAAUAAAGAAAAAAAAGAUCCAUUGGUUUGUAUUUUUAAAGGUUUGUUUGAGCUGCCAUUAAAUCGUUUGGAGUUGA